GGGCGUGCGUUAUUGAUGGGCCCGCGCGGCGGCGCUGAGACGCGCGGUAAGUGGGUCAGGGAGGGAGCGGAUAGCGCAGCCGCCGACUCAUUGCGCCCUCAGCCUCCAGCCAUGGCGGACGCGCCGCCUGAAGUCCUCGAGCUCAACGUGGGCGGCGUGCACUACGCUACUACGCGCGACACGUUGCUCCGCGAACCCGACUCGCUUCCCGCCGCCGCGCUUCGGGAUCCCGAUCAUCCGCGCGACGCACGCGGGCGCAUCUUCUUUGACCGCGAUGGAGUCCUCUUUCGAUAUGUUUUGGACUACUUGCGAGACGGCGGAUUGGUGCUGCCGGAAUGCUUCAGAGAACACAAACGAUUGGCACGAGAAGCAAAACAUUACAGACUAGUCGGCCUGGAACAGGCUGUCCGAGAAUCAGACCCGCGACCACCGAACCGUGAACGUGGCUGCAUCACCGUUGGCUACAGAGGCAGCUUCGCUUUCGGACGUGAUGGGCUCGCUGAUGUCAAGUUCCGCAAGUUGUCCAGAAUUUUAGUCUGUGGAAAGGUGACGUUGUGCCGCGAUGUUUUUGGCGAGACCCUGAAUGAAUCCAGAGAUCCUGACCACGGUCUCGCAGAUCGCUACACUUCGCGGUUCUUCCUGAAGCAUUCUUUCAUAGAGCAGGCAUUUGAUAUGUUGCAAGAAAAUGGGUUUAAAUUGUCGGCGAGCUGUGGAAGUGGUACGGCUGGAGCUGCGGAGCUGAAGCCGGGAGUGGACACGGAGGAGAACCGCUGGAACCACUACAACGAAUUUGUUUUCGUGCGCGACUAGGCUAGAGAGCGACGCAUGUGAUAUGAAUCAGCUGUAGCACCGAUGGCGACGUGGCGCUUCGGCGGUGGAGGGCAAUAAAUUUGAAAAUAAAUGUUCGAACCCGGAUCAAAAUUUUGUUAUCAACAACAAUAUUCAGUUUCUCGCAUCAGAAGAUUUAUUACUAUCAUAAAGUGCAGUACUAUGUACGUUCUCUACGUAUCUUGUACGUAUUUUUUAUGUAAGUAUAUUUCGCAAUAUUUGCGUAUAUUUAUUUUUAUGAAAAGCUUAAAAUUAUAUUUAAUUUAAUCUUGAAUUAAUGAAAAUAUGACAUUUAUCUUAAAUUUAAAAAAAUGGUUAAUAUAUUGAAGAGUUCUAUAUAAGUAACGUAUUUUCUGAAACCUAGAAAAAAAAUAUUGUUCAUUAUUAUUAUGUAGAUAAAGGAACCUUAAUUAUAUCAUAUAACAAAUAGGUAGAUAAAUGUAAAAAGUAUAAAUUAACUAGAGUAGUUGAUGAUCCCCUAUUAGGAUUAAUUUCUUGUACUGUGACUUAACUAUUUCUAAUGUAUUUUCAAAUUAUUUUAUAACUUAUAGUAAAUAUGAAUUCUAAGAGUUUAUUACGAAGAACUUACUGGGAGGGCCAUCUUUUUUAUAAAUACUUUUUAUGCCAAAAUCAUGAUUAUAAGUCUGAAAGACAUUUAUUUUUUUCAGUCCAAAUUAGGUCGUCUUGUUGUUACAGUUGUUUAAUACGAAUACAAAGUAUUUUAUGUAUUUAACAAUCUGUUAUGUUUAUGUAUUUAACAAUCUGGGUACUCUAAUACCAGUGAUGUGUUGUGAUCAAUGCAUUUGUUAUUACUCUACUAGUCAUAGCAUUAAGACCAAGGAUUAAAAAAAAAAUACUUAGUGUGAACAUAACGAGCGCGAAUGAAAUGUACCUAAAAUAAAUUAUUAGGAUUAUUAAGUAAAUGCUGUUCCGGAAAGUCAGUUUGUCGUGGAAAUUUUACAACUGGAAGUAAACUUUCAUAUAACAAGAUAAAGACACAAUUACGAGUUAGGCGAAGUCAUUGAAAGUUUUGGCUGUAAAGGCAAAUAUUGUCGGCUGAAGUUUCGACAGUUGACGUUGAAGCCGAUACAUUUUAACGAUAUCCUAACUGUUAGCGUCUGUUAAAUUAUUUAUACGCUUGUUUUAAAGUUCUUGGAUGUAUCUGCAAAAUCGAAUUUACGAUCGCAGUCAUAUCAUUAGAUUAUACCUAGAUUUAGGCCUUGAUUUUGUGUCUCAACUUCUAGAAACGUUUCAAUGUCUUUCUAGAGUUGUGCUACAACUUCCAGGCCAAUGCUAAGCUUGACUUCCAUUACAUCUUCCUGCUUAUAAGAUAGCAUAGAAGGACAUAGCUGUUUUCCUCAUUUAGAGAACAAUAGGCGUCUGAUAAAAGGCCGAGAUUGAUCGCUGGUAUCUUGCUAUUGUUUGUUUUUCAUCAUUGUUUUUCAUCAUGUACCUACUCGUAAGACAGAGAAAAUUAUCUCUGUGUAUUACAUCCAGUAACAUGACAUUUUUGUUUUAAUAAUUGAUUAUGAAAUUUUCAUCAACAUUGGAGAAUUCUUUAGCACAAAUUUGAUAUUCGGAUACUCUUGAAUCCCAUAUUACUACCUCAUUAGAUUUGUUUCCUAUGUUCAACGAGUUCAUUGAUCUAAUUCCACAGAAAAUAAGCUUGGUACUCGUAUAUUUAUUGCCUUUAUAUAUUUUAUACCCACACAAUCUUCGCCAAAGGAAAAUAGGCAAAUUUUGGAUUUUCAAUCCAUGCGUUUGUGUUCAAAAUUCUUAUUCUAUAUUAUUAUAUUCAUAUUCUAUUCUCUUUUUUAAAAUUUCAUCUAAUUCAGUUCAUUAAAUUUCCCCGAUGGGUCAAUAUUGUAUGUAGAUAUGGAUGAAAUAAUUACUAGCAAGUUAUCAGUGUUUCAGUAUCAGUGAUUGAACGCAAUAUGCUAUUUGUUUACGAUACGAAUAUUAUAGAAAUGAGAAAACUCCAUAUGGAAAAAUAUAGUACUUAAUAAAGUUUACAAAAUAUACAUAAAUUCUCUAAUUAACUGUUAGGUCAUUAAUUUCGUUGCCAAGUUAACACAUGCGUGUGCCAUUUUUAUAGAUUUUUCAAUGUUUCCAUUAUUUGAAAUUUAAAGAAAAUCUAAUUAUCUCUCACUCAUUGGAAUAGAAACGAUAUAAUCGGAAUAUAUUGUAAUAUAAACUAUAUAGACGUUAUAAAACAAAUUAUAAUAUUAUUUAUGUUAGGUAUGGAAAUGUUUAUUCAGUUUAGGACUUAGUUGAAUGUUAGAUUAUUUAUAGUUUCACCAUUAUUGUCUUUAGGCAUAUUAAAUGGUCUCACUGUAUGUUAAUUUAGAUUACUUAUAUAUUUAUAUUUGUGUGAUGAAAAACAGUGUUGGACCUGGACAUGAACAUUAUUGUAGGAUUUCUAAAACGAUACAUAGUUUUUUGGGAAUAAAUUUAGUUAAAAAACUACGUUUAUUAUAUCUUAUCCUUCUCCAUUAGAG